CUUCCAUCAUUCGGGUUUGAAGAGCAGGUGGACACUCACAGAGACACAAACACAAACAGAGAGCGAUGGAGGACCUGAGUGAGAUGGAGUGCACGGUGCUCAAGCGGCUCCUGAAGGACGACAGCGCCAAGUGUCUGCUGCUCGACUGCCGCUCCUUCCUCGCGUUCAGCGCCGGACACAUCCGCGCCGCAGUCAACGCCCGCUGCAACACCAUCGUGCGCCGCAGGGCGAAGGGCUCCGUGCUGAGCCUGGACCAGAUCCUGGCCGGGGACGAGGAGGCGCGCAGCCGCCUGCGCUCCGGCAUGUUCUCCGCCGUGGUUCUGUACGACGAGAGGACGCCGGACGCGGACUCGGUGAAGCCGGACAGCACGCUGACCGUGGUGCUCAACGCGCUGUGCGGGGACUCCUCCGGUACACGCAUCUAUCUACUGAAAGGCGGAUACGACCGUUUUUUCUCAGAAUACCCAGAGUUUUGUUUAAAGACCAAACAGUUGCCGACGUUCACCAGCCAGUCCAGCAUCGACUCUGCCUGCUCGUCAUGUGGGACGCCGCACCACGACCAGGGAGGCCCAGUGGAGAUCCUGCCCUUCCUCUACCUCGGCAGCGCCCUCCACGCCUCCAAGAAGGAAGUGCUGGACGCCAAUGGGAUCUCGGCGCUGCUCAACGUGUCGGCCGACUGUCCCAACCACUUUGAGGGCGUGUACCAGUACAAGUGCAUCCCCGUGGAGGACAACCAUAAAGAGGACAUCAGCUGCUGGUUCCUGGAGGCCAUAGAGUUCAUAGACUCAGUCCGGGACUCCAGUGGACGAGUGUUGGUCCACUGUCAGGCCGGGAUCUCGCGCUCCGCCACCAUUUGCCUGGCGUACCUGAUGAAGAGGAAGCGCGUGCGUCUGGACGAGGCCUUCGAGUUUGUGCGCCGCCGUCGCAGCAUCAUCUCCCCCAACUUCAGCUUCAUGGGUCAGCUGCUGCAGUUCGAGUCGCAGCUCCUCGCCACCUCCUGCGCGGCGGAGGCGGCCGCCACGGCGAGCCCGCUCCUCGGGCCCAAGUCGUCGACGGCCACCAACUCGGCGACGGCCACGCCCACCUCGCCGUUCAUUUUCAGCUUCCCCGUGUCUGUGGUGAACCCGGCGUACCUGAACCACAACCCCAUCACGACCUCGCCGGGCUGCUGAUGGUCGUCCGGUCGCAGCCCGACAAACGCCCGACAAACGCCCGACAGACUUCUUCGAGCACAGACUGAAA